AUGGACUACGAAAUUACUCAAAGCGAAAAUAACUCCAAGUUUGUAAGUUUUGAGAUCGCAUCGACACAGUUGGGCUCUCCAAACUACUUGUUAAGAGGUGUACGCACUAUUGCUCGUUUAGGCCUGCCUGUUCAAACAUUGGACCGCGAUACCAUGGAGAAGCAUGCCCAUCUCAAAGGUCUACCUAUACUACCAUAUAACGGUGCUAGGGCUCGAAUUCUUAUUGGAGUCGACAACGCGAAAGUCUGUGUGCCAAUUGAAGUUAAGGAGAGUAGCACCUCCAACCUGAUUGCUGCUAGAUGCCGGCUGGGAUGGACCGUUUAUGGUCGAGACACAUCUGAACACGCAGUGAUGCCUCGCGUGCUUCACAUCUGCAGCUGUGAUCCUACGGGCAGGGACCGAAUGGACGAACAGAUGAAGGCAUAUUUUGCUAUCGACGCUAUCGGUGUCUAUGCGCCAGCUAAACCGCUUCGGUCAAAGGAUGAUGAACGUGCUUUACAAUUGAUGGAAAAAUUCACCAAGUUUUUGCCAACAGAGAAGAGAUGGGAAACAAGAUUGCUAUGGAAACAAGACGUCGUCGAUUUACCCGAUUCACUUCCUAUGGCGCGCUGUCGACUAAUGUGCUUGGAAGCCAAGAUGAAGCGGGAUCCUGAACUCCACCGUUUUAUCGUCGACAAAAUUGACGAUUACAAGAAAAAGGGUUACAUACGCAAAUUGGAGUCACUUGAAACAUCGAUAGGUGGCAGAUCGUGGUACCUUCCCAUAUUCACGGUGAUCAACGUUAACAAAAACAAAACUAGAUUGGUAUGGGACGCUGCAGCCAAAGCUGGAAAUACUGCACUUAACAACAUGCUGUUAAAAGGACCUGAUCAGCUAAACUCGAUGAUGGGUAUUCUUCUUCGAUUCCGCGAAAGGCCCUUUGCAAUAUGCGGAGAUUUACGCGAGAUGUUUCACCAAAUUAAGGUAACCAAAGAGGACCAAGUGGCGCAGAAGUUUUUAUGGCGCGACGGUGAGUCUAAUCGGCAGCCAGAUGUAUAUGCCAUGUGUGUGUUGACUUUCGGCGCUUCGUGUUCUCCUUCGCUAGCGAACUACGUAAAAAACCAAAAUGCACAACGUUUUUCCGAAAAUUAUCCCGAAGCUGUACAAGCCAUUAUAAAUAACACUUUCGUCGAUGAUUGGCUUCAGAGUGCAGACAAUGAGGAAGAGUUAUCGCGUUUGGCUACUGUUGUUCGCUGGAUCCAUAACGAAGGAGGUUUCGAGAUGCGAAACUGGGUAUCCAAUUCCAAGAAAACUUUGACUGCGCUCUCUGCUAACAGCACGCUGCUAUCCAGAUGUUUUGAGGAGCCUGAAGCUACUAUCGAAAAGGUGCUUGGAAUGUGGUGGUUACCAGCGUCGGAUGAGCUUACCUUUGUGGAAAAGUUUCCUAAAGAAGUUUUUGAUGAGCACACAUUUCCAUCGAAGCGACAAGUUUUGCGUACAAUCAUGAAAAUAUUCGAUCCCCUUGGACUACUCGGGUAUGUCAUCAUACAAGCAAAAAUCAUUCUACAGGACAUUUGGCGUUCAGGUGUUAAUUGGGACGAGCCUAUCAGAGAGGAUGAUCGCAGUAACUGGUGGAACUGGUUGAAAAGAAUUUCUUCGAUAAACAACGUCAAAAUUCCUCGGUGCUACUUACUUUCCAGCUGUAGCCAGAGUAACCAGUUGCACAUUUUCGUGGAUGCAAGUAUCAACGCUUAUGCUGCUGUGGCGUAUUUGCGUGCUGAAGUUGGUAACGCGGUGAACUGUUCAUUGCUGGCUUCGAAGACAAGGGUCACACCAUUGAAGCCCAUUUCAAUACCGAGGUUGGAGUUAAUGGCAGCAGUUCUGGGUCUGCGGUUGGCAAUUUUUAUAGGCAAGCAACUUUCUGUUCAGGUAAGCCGUAGAAUUUUUUGGACAGAUUCGAAAAACGUGAUAUGCUGGGUGCGUUCAGAUGCAAGAAAGUUCCAUCAAUUUGUUGCGUUACGUGUCGGCGAAAUUCUUGAGGGUUCCAGCGCUAAAGAGUGGAGGUGGUUGCCAUCUUCUGAAAACAUCGCUGAUGAGGGCACAAAAUGGUCCGACGUUCGCCAUUUUGACGACAAUGCACGCUGGUUUCGAGGGCCAAAGUUCUUAGCCCAGCCCGAAUCUAGUUGGCCUGUAGGGGAGCUAGUAGGCACUACAGCAGAGCUGCAUCACAUAAGUACAAGUACACCAUUGUCCCCUACCCUGUCAGUAAUUUCUCCAGACGUACGAAGGUUUAGCACAUGGGAGAGACUGCUUUCCACACAACAAAUUGUUCUGCGUUUCCUGCGCCGGAUCUUGAAGUUUACGCCACGUUCGCUACUAAAACUUUUCGAAUUGCGCGAUAUUGAAGCAGCAGAGCAAAUUCUUAUUGCCGUAAGCCAAGAAAAUGCGUUUAGCGAAGAAGUCAAAAGCCUACAACACGGUCAAAAUAUUCAACGGCAGUCUGCUAAAUAUAAAUGGUCGCCGUAUCUGGACGAGGUUGGGAUUCUUCGCGUGAAAGGUCGAAUCGACUCCUUAGAAGGAGUAGCAGUCGAUGUGAAGCGACCUGUAAUACUGCCGAAAAAUCAUACAGUAACGCGUUUGAUAAUUGAUUUCUACCAUAGAAAAUUUCACCACCAUCAUAAUGAGAUUAUUGUCAAUGAGAUGCGCCAGCGAUACUGCGUCGGUGCUUUGCGAUCGAUGGUAAAAGAGUGCGCCAAAAGAUGCCAAAUGUGUCGCAAUCGUAAAGCUAAGCCGCAACCACCUCAAAUGGGAAGUCUACCUGUAGAACGACUGUCACCAUUUACAAGGCCAUUCACGUUUACAGGAGUGGACUAUUUUGGCCCUAUCGACGUAGCUGUUGGCCGGCGGCGUGAAAAACGUUGGGGCGUGUUAUUUACGUGCCUGACGAGUCGUGCCGUUCACAUCGAGAUCGCGGCGUCGUUGUCGACGGAGACAUUCCUGCUAAUGUUGAAGUUGUUCGUGUGCCGCAGAGGAGUCCCGAAGCGCAUUGUGUCAGACAACGGCACAAAUUUUCGUGGUGCCAGCCGAGCACUUAUCAGCGAGAUAGAAAAGGUUUCAUCCGAUGACCUAGAGAGAAGACAUCCCCAAAUCGAGUGGUCCUUCAUUCCGCCCUCGGCUCCUCACAUGGGUGGGGCAUGGGAGCGAAUGAUACAGUCAACAAAAUCAAUUUUAAUGGAUAUUACGCACGAAGCAAUACUACGUGAAGAAGUUCUAAGGGCCACUUUAGCGGACAUUGAAAAUAUUCUUAAUUCAAGACCUCUGACAUAUGUGCCCUUGGAGACUCCAGACGACGACGCACUUACGCCCAAUCACCUUUUGUUAGGAAACUCAAGCGGAAUGCGCGAAUCAGGUUGUGAUGACGACAGUGGGCCAGCUCUCCGUCGAUGCUUUCGAAUUUCAAACCAGCUAGCUAACCAAUUCUGGAAGCGUUGGAUCCAAGAAUAUCUUCCGUGCCUCACUAGACGCUCUAAGUGGUUCCACCCACCGAUUCGACCUAUCGAAAUAAACGACGUCGUGGUCAUCGUUGACAACAAUGCGAAAAGGAACUCAUGGCCGAAAGGAAUAGUUAUAGAUCUCCACCGUGGAAAGGACGGAGAGGCUCGUAGCGCUGUGGUGAAACUAGCAAACGGUCUGUGCACCCGACCCGUAAUUAAAUUAGCAAAACUCGAUGUUACUAGUCACAAUUAA